AUGAAAGAUAAUAAUAUUACAGUUUUAGGGUGUGGCAAUUUAGGUGUAUCAAUUGCCAGAGGGUUAGUUAAUUCAAAAUUAUAUAAAUCAAGUCAAAUUACCUUAACCAAAAGAAAUAUUGAGUCCAUUGAGCAUUUCAAACAAGAAGGUUACCAUGUUACAUCAUCAAAUCAGGAUGCAGUUUUAAAGAGCAAAAUUGUUAUUGUUUGUGUUACACCAUCACAAUUAGACGAUCUUUUAGAUUCCAUUAGAGGCGUUAUCACAGAGCAACAUGUCGUUAUUAGUGUAGUCAGUGGUGCCUCAAUCGAUAACAUAAAGUCACAUUUGGGCUACAAAGAAAUUCCAAUCGUUAGAGCCAUGCCAAAUACUGCCAUUCAAUAUUGCGAAUCGAUGACCUGUUUAGCCGUUCGUUCAUCAUCUCAAAAACACACCAAUUCACCACAAGAUAAAGCCAAGGAUUAUGCUCUUUUAAUUGCUCAACGUAUUUUCAAUUGUUUAGGUAUGUGCAUCGUUUUAACAGAAGAACAAAUCGUACCAGCCACCGCUUUAUGUGCUUGUGGUAUCGCUUUCUUUUGUAGAGCUAUCAGAGCAGCUGCUCAAGGUGGCUGUGAAAUUGGUUUCCAUGCUGAAGAUGCCAUUAAAAUCGCAGCCCAAACUGCUAAAGGUGCUGCUACUCUUUUAUUAGAAAAUAAAUUCCAUCCAGAAUAUGAAAUUGAUAAAGUCACUACUCCACAAGGUUGUACUAUUUCUGGUUUAAAUCAAAUGGAACAUAAUGGUUUCUCUUCUGCUAUGAUUAAAGGUAUUGUUACUUCUGCUGAAAAAGCUGCUUCACUU